CAGUACCACUUCAUACUUCGCCAGUGGAGCAGGCCCAUUGGCAUUUCGCGCGAUUCGUUCGCGUUUCGUGUGAUCGCUCGCAAGAACUUUUAACUUUUGGUGUAUCUGUGCUGGACUUUCGGGAAUCGUGCAAAAAGAAAUUGGAAUAAAUAAUUUGCAGCGCGCCCAGACCAAACCGAACCGCCAAAAUGGUCUCAGGUCGUUGAUUGCAUCGUGUACCUGCCUACGUGAUCAAACCGCAUGGACUGUAGUUGAUUACGACGCUCUUCAGUACUGCAAAUUGGUUCAUUAUGGUAUGACCCAGAACACGUGGAUUAGAUCCUGAUCUCGAUGCAGCAGCAGUUUGUGAUAAACCAAAGUGCAAUUAUUGUGAGUAGUCAAUUAGAAAAAGUGUAUAAAAAGUGAUCUGAAAUCCAAUUAGAAAGUAAACGGCGGCGUGAAGAAAUUGUAAAGAUAAAAGUGGUGAGAUCAGUUCCGUUGCCUCGAUACAGAGUGUAAAGUGGCUAGGCGAAGAUAAUGGCGAAAGUGGCCGCCGUUGAUGUGUUGGCCCCGGUGCAGGGUUUCGGCGAAACGGCACCCCGAAAUCGACAAGGGAGCAAUGCUAGCUCCCGACUACAACCAGACCAAUCGGAUAGCGACGAUGGUGGCAUUAAGCUGAAAAAGGAACUCGGUCUUAUGGACGGAGUGGCCAUUAUUGUGGGAGUGAUCGUUGGUGCCGGGAUCUUUGUGUCCCCGAAAGGAGUGCUGUUGUAUUCCGGAUCCAUCGGGCAGGCCAUUAUCGUUUGGAUUCUAUCGGGAGUACUUAGCAUGGUGGGCGCGCUGUGUUAUGCUGAAUUAGGUACCAUGAUCCCCAAAUCGGGAGGCGAUUACGCAUACAUUGGUGAAGCGUUCGGACCACUACCAGCCUUCCUCUAUCUGUGGGUAGCGCUAAUGAUUCUAGUUCCAGCCGGUAAUGCAAUCACGGCCAUCACAUUCGCUCAGUAUUUGCUACAACCAUUGUGGCCAACGUGUGAGCCACCGUACGAGUCAGUACGACUGCUGGCCGCACUAAUAACCUGUCUUCUUACGGCCAUCAACUGCUACAAUGUGAAAUGGGUGACCCGAGUGACGGAAACAUUUACCGGGAUGAAGGUACUGGCUCUGUUGGUGAUCGUGGCCGCCGGUGCGUGGUACCUGAUGAGCGGGAAUACAGAGCUGUUGGAAAACCCGUUCGAGAAUUCUAAAGUUCAACCGGGCUUCAUUGCGCUGGCAUUCUACAAUGGGCUGUUUUCGUAUUCAGGCUGGAAUUAUCUGAAUUUCGUCACGGAAGAGUUGAAAGAUCCCUAUCGGAACCUCCCGCGAGCCAUCUGCAUCAGUAUGCCAGCGGUCACUAUUAUUUAUGUUAUCACCAAUAUCGCAUACUUUGCUGUUCUGGCACCUGAUGUUAUGCUGUCUUCGCAGGCUGUCGCGGUCACCUUCGCGGAUAAGAUGCUCGGUUUCAUGGCAUGGAUUAUGCCACUGUUUGUCGCUUGCUCCACAUUCGGCUCUCUCAACGGUGCAAUUUUUGCCUCGUCACGACUGUUUUUCGUAGGAGCCCGCAACGGCCACCUUCCGGCAGCACUUUCUCUAAUCAACGUGAACUGCCUCACUCCGAUCCCUUCACUGAUAUUUUUGUGCCUUCUGACGCUAGUGCUACUGUUCAUUCGGGACGUUUUUACGAUCAUCAACUACGUAAGCUACGUCGAAAUUCUGUUCAUAUUUAUCUCCGUAUCUGGACUGCUUCGGUUACGUAAGAAAAAUCCGGACGCCAACCGACCUAUCAAGGUAUCUCUGGUUAUUCCCAUCAUAUUCCUGCUGACGGCGGGUUUUCUGGUGAUAUUCUCCGUGUUUGAAUCUCCUACCGAGGUAGCAAUCGGCACGGCAAUCAUCGUACUCGGUAUACCGGUGUACUACAUAACCAUCCAUAAACCGUGGAAAUGGCUGACGGGGAAAUCCCAAGCAAUUAACACAUUCUGCUCGAAACUGUUCGUCUGCAUGCCCAACAGUGACAAGUUGGAGUGAGAACGUAAACAGAGACGAACACUGGCGAUCGGCAACGGUUGUAAAUAGAUCUUUCCAGUACAAGUUAAGGCCUGUGUAACGAUGCGCACACUAAACACUAGUUAGAUAGGUUCAGCGAUAGUUUACAAUCAACCUUGGAAUGCCUUAGAGGUUUGUUUACGCAACAUAUCGAAUGCAUGUGGAACGUGGAAGAAGAGAGCUUCGUUACGGACUUAUUUUCAUGCGGAUUUUACUAGGAAAAAAUCGGUUUUGAUUGCAGCUAAUCCUUUAGGUAUGAACGAUCCCCAGCUGUACGCGCAAACAAGCUCAACUGAGUUAACAGGUAGUAUAGACAUCUCUCCGAAUUUAAAUAAAGAAGGCUGUUCAAUAGGACAAGGCAAUGUGCAUUUUUGUAUUUUCUAGGGAAAUGUAAGAUUCAGUUGUUCAAUUAUAUCAGAUCAAUGACAGAAUAGAAUUUAAGACUGUUUCAGGAAAACAUCUUCACAGUUUUUUGUGUAUCAAUAUUCGUUAUACAAUGACCAAUUGUAUUAGUACUGCUAAGCAAUUUUCUAUGUAAUACUUUUAUGAUGUUAAAAUACAUUUUGGAAAUUA